CCCCUGUCAGAAACCAGCUGUGUGACCGAAGACAGCCAGAGAAGACACGGCAGAAGAGAGAAGCGCCGCUCCGGGAGAGCUGCGUCUGUCGCAUCCCUCCGACAACAGACCCGGGGGGCUGACGGCACGUCUUUGUCUGGGACGGCGUCCAACAGGAGAGCAGCGCGCACAGAUCCAUCUGUAAUCCGCAUCUACAGGAUUACAUUUUUAGUUUAUUUAUUUUUUAUUAUUAUUCAUUUUUGAGGGAACAUCCUCCUCUCGUGUUUACACCAGAACCCUUAAACGCGGUGGAAGUUAUCUGGAAGACUUGCGGGAAAGCGUGGUGGAUCGCUAAACGGGGCUUUAGUGUUUCUACUGCUGGAAAUGCGUUUACGCCGUUUUUGACGUCUGAACUGUUCCCUUUAAAGUUUCCUCUCUCCCCGUCCCGCAGCUUGUUCCACGCAGCGCGGCAUGUUCUGACAGUGCGUAAUUAUUGUUUUCCUGCGUCUUUCCCGCAGGCGUCACAGGUUGGCUGCUCCAGCCUACCGACACCUCCGCCACAGAUGACAGCAGCUCACCGCUCUGCGUAAGGUGCCAGUUUGUUUUCUCAGCCGAAACUAAGAAUAAUAACAUUAAUAAACAACAACACCGACCAUUAUGGGUGACGUUGCGGAGGUGCAUCAGUGCACCUGGACCAAGUCGCCAAAAAGGAGCGGGCGGGGCGCGUUGAAAACCUACCUGGGAAUAUUGAUGAUGCUUCAUCUCGUGCUCCGCGCGGAAUCAUCGUCGGCGGUGGCAUCCAAGUCCUGUGACCAAAGCUGUUUUUCAGGGAAGUGCAUCAACGGGACAUGCGUGUGUGACCACGGCUGGGUCGGGGAUCAGUGCCAGCACUGCCAGGGAAGAUUCAAACUUACAGACCUGUCCGGCUCUCUCACAGAUGGCCCAGUAAACUACAAGUACAAGACCAAAUGCACUUGGUUAAUAGAAGGAUAUCCUAAUGCAGCACUCAGGCUACGCUUCAAUCACUUUGCCACGGAGUGCAGCUGGGACCACAUGUACGUCUAUGACGGAGACUCCAUUUAUGCCCCUUUGAUUGCAGUCUUCAGUGGUCUGGUGGUGCCAGAGACCAGGAGUAACGAGACGGUCCCAGAGGUUGUGACGACGUCCGGCUAUGCGCUGCUUCACUUCUUCAGCGAUGCUGCUUACAACCUGACUGGUUUCAGCAUAGCCUACUCGAUAAACUCUUGUCCCAACAACUGUUCAGGCCACGGCCGAUGCAGCACGGCAAACUCUGUUGCGGGUCGAGUGUACUGCGAGUGCGAGGAGUACUGGAAAGGAGAGGCCUGUGACAUCCCGUACUGCAGAAACAACUGUGGCAGCCCGGAUCACGGAUACUGUGACCUGACCGGGGAAAAGCUCUGCGUCUGCAACGACAGCUGGCAAGGUCCAGACUGCUCUCUGUCCCUACCCUCCACCGAGGCCUUCUGGGUUCUGCCCAGCAUCAAACCAUCAGCUCAGUCCCUGGGUCGGGCGUCCCAUCAGGCCCUUGUGCAUUCAGGGUUGAUGUGGGUAGUGGGAGGCUACUCCUUUAACUACUCCAACUACCACAUGGUCCUCAACUACAACCCGGAGACCAGUACGUGGGAUGUGGUGCCAGUCAGCAGCGGCCCUCUCUACAGAUACGGACACUCACUGGCUCUCCACCAGGACGACAUCUACAUGUUUGGUGGGAAGCUGGAGGCAGGAUCUGCGAACGUGACCGACGAGAUGUGGGUGUUCAACAUCCCCACGCGCACCUGGUCGCCGCGGAGACCGGCCCCGCCUCCUCCCCACGCCCUGGAAGGCCACACGGCUCAUGUGGUGGAGCUGGCCGACGGCGAGUCAGCCAUGCUGAUCUUCUUUGGCUACUCUCCGGCUUACAGCUACAUCAACAAAGUCCAGGAGUACAACAUCAAGUCUAACUCGUGGCAGGUCGUUGCGGCGGGAGGUGCCGUCGUCCAGGGGGGUUACGGCCACAGCAGCGUGUACGAUGAAGCCAGCGGCUGCGUCUUUGUACAUGGAGGGUACAAGCCGCUCAGCAACAACAAAUUCGGCCUGGUGGACCACAUGUACCGCUACCACGUCCACACCAGAUCCUGGCUGAUCCUCAGGGAGAGCAGUCUGGCACGAUACCUCCACUCUGCGGCGCUAUUGAGUGGCACAGUGCUGGUUUUUGGCGGAAACACUCACAAUGACACGUCUCUCAGCAACGGAGCCAAGUGUUUUUCUGCAGACUUCCUGGCGUAUGAUAUCGCUUGUGAUGAGUGGACCAUCCUUCCCAGACCGAGGCUCCACCGUGACAUCAACCGCUUUGGACACUCUGCGGUCGUUAGCAACGGCUCUAUGUACGUCUUUGGAGGUUUUUCUGGUCUCCUUCUGAACGAUGUGUUGGCCUACACCCCUCCGUCCUGCCAGGCCUUCUCUAAGCCAGCUUCGUGUGCUGCUGCUGGUCCUGGUGUCCGUUGCCACUGGGUCAAAAACAGAUGCGUCCCCUGGGAGCCGAAACCACCUGCCCACAUUUUUCCUGCUCCUCUUUGCCCCUCACGCUCUGACAGCACAGAUGAGCAGUGCUUCCGGUUUUCGGAUUGUGCGAGCUGCACCGCCAACACACAGGGUUGCCAGUGGUGUGAGGACAGGAAGUGUAUCUCCUCCUCAAGCAACUGCACCGUGCUGACUUUGGAGCUGGCCCAGCAGCAUGGUGGCGCUCUGUCUCUGUCUCCCCCUCCAUCCAUGUUGUCUGAACAUCAGCUGAGCUUAUGGAAGCACGGAGCCAGGAGGAAGGGACAUUCGGUGAGAGACCCGUCGAGGUGUAAACGCCGGGAGGAGCAGGAGUGCUUCCGACUAGCUAACUGCAAGAGCUGCUCCCUGAACGUCAACUGUCAGUGGGAUCCGCAGCAGCAGGAGUGUCAGGCGCUGCCCGGUCAGCUAUGUGGAGAGGGCUGGCAUCAUGUCGGGGACGCCUGCCUGAGGAUUAACUCCAGCAGAGAGAGCUAUGAUAACGCCCAGCACUACUGCAAAAACCUGGGAGGGAAUAUCGCCUCCUUGCUCACAGACAAACAGGUCAAUUUUGUUCUAGAAGAGCUGCAGAAAUAUCAGAUACAAGACAAGAGGUUAUCUCCAUGGAUUGGGCUGAGGAAGAUCAAUGUGUCUUACUGGGGCUGGGAGGACGCAUCACCAUUCACCAACACCAGCCUGCGGUGGUUACCUGGAGAGCCGAGUGACUCCGGGUUCUGCGCCUACUUGGAGCGAGCGGGGGUGGCUGGUCUUAAAGCCAACCCCUGCACUGCCACAACCGACGGCCUGAUCUGUGAAAAACCAGCCGGUAGUCCCCAGGCUCAGAGUGCCCGUCCCUGUAAGACACCCUGCGCCCUGAGGACCAGCUGUGCCAACUGCACCAGCCAGGCCAUGGAAUGUAUGUGGUGUGGAAGCACCCAGCGCUGCGUGGACUCCUCGGCGUACGUCAUCUCCUUUCCCUAUGGCCAGUGCCUGGAGUGGCACACCCAGGAAUGCAGUGCAGCCCAGAACUGCUCUGGCCUGAGGACGUGCUCCGAGUGUCUGGAGAGGGUGGAGUGCGGUUGGUGCGGUGAUCCCAGCAACACGGGCAGAGGCGUGUGCAUGGAGGGCUCUUACAGAGGUCCCCUGAAGCGUGACAAACUGCGAGACCGGGACAUGGUGGUGGACCAGGGCCUCUGUUCCUCUGAUAGAGGCUACAACUGGGCGUUUAUCCAGUGUCCUGCGUGCCAGUGUAACGGCCACAGCAGGUGUGUGAACGGCAGCGUGUGCGAGCACUGUGGGAAUCUAACGGCGGGAACCCACUGCCAGAGCUGCAUGCCCGGUUACUACGGAGACCCCAUCAAUGGAGGAAAGUGCAACGCGUGCAAGUGUAACAGCCACGCCAACGUGUGCCACGUCAACACAGGGAAGUGCUUCUGCACCACCAAAGGCGUCAAGGGAGACCAGUGUCAGCUAUGUGACUCAGAAAACCGUUACCUUGGUAACCCUCUCCGAGGGACCUGUUAUUACAAUCUGUUGAUCGACUACCAGUUUACCUUCAGUCUGCUUCAAGAAGAUGACCGCCACUACACAGCCAUCAACUUCAUGGCCACACCUGAACAGGCCAACAAGAACCUGGACAUGUCCAUCAAUGCGUCGAACAACUUCAACCUCAACAUCACGUGGUCCUUAAGCUCAACAGCUGGAACCAUCUCUGGUGAAGAGAUGCCCAUCAUUGCAAAGACCAACAUCAAGGAGCACCGAGACAGCUUCUCCUGUGAAAAGUUCAACUUCAGGCUUCACCACAACAUCACCUUCUACGUGUAUGUGUCCAACUUCAGCUGGCCGAUCAAGAUCCAGAUUGCAUUCUCUCAGCACAACAGCAUCAUGGACCUGGUGCAGUUCUUUGUUACCUUCUUCAGCUGUUUCCUGUCGCUGCUGCUGGUGGCCGCUGUGGUUUGGAAAGUCAAGCAGACCUGCUGGGCCUCACGGCGUAGAGAGCAGCUGAUGAGAGAACGGCAGCAGAUGGCCAGCCGUCCCUUCGCUUCGGUCGCUGUAGCGCUGGAGGCGGGCGGCGACCAGGAGGAGCUGCUGCAGGCGGUGCCGAAACCCAUAGCCAUGGAGCCAUGCUGGGGGAGCAGAGCGGGUGUUCUCACUGUGCUACUGUACCUCCCAAGAGUCCCGUCUGGAAUACCUCCGCCUGGACAGUCCGGUAUUGCCAUAGCAAGUGCUCUUGUAGACACGUCACAACAGCGAGUGAUGGACUUCAAAGAAAGAGGUCUCGGUCUGAAGCACCGCAAACACACCGUGCACCAUCAAGGGACCUGUGUAUGAACUACAUGCCGUCAACAAGGUGACAACACAUCCAUUGUAGCCCCAGGAGGAUUUCACUGGAGAUAUUCUUAUUGACUUUCGAUUCAGUGGAACGUUGUAAACAAAAGGCAAAGCCUGUGAAAAUUGGGUUUGGAUGAUCCUUGAUCUUAAAGUGGCUCAGAAGGAGGACAGAUAUGGAUGGGAGUGGAGAUGUGCAGGCAUCCAAAUGGGAGUAAAACGGCCCCUUUCUUCCUUGGAUCAAACAGAAGAUUUCUUCGUAUGUUCGUCCUGGUGAGCCAACAACAGGAAAUGGAAACUAAAUGCAGAUUGACAACAAGAAUGUGUUUCUAUUCUCAUGCCAUGUGGCCGUGUGUCUCCAGCACUAUACUUGUCCGUCAGCCUGUCAUGGAGUCUGACAUAUUGACAGAGGGAAAAAAAAUGUUUUUCACAGGUAAACCAAACUAAACGGCUUUGAGCUGCAGUGAAUCGUACUGAGCUGACACGAAGUCCUCCUGAUUUACAAACCUGCACAGACUCAGGAGCGAAGUUGGGGAGAAACAAACAAGAAAAAAUAAAAUAACAUGGCUGUAGCUAGAUCAGUGGGGGAGCUGGUCUGUUUCAAGGAUUUGCUUGUGGAAAAAAGUUUCAUCUGGGGAUUUUUAGUCUACUGUCGUUGUGAUGUUGAAGAAGAACUGCAUUUUGCUAUGAAGAUCGUUGGAUGUAACCAUUGUCUUUAAUGUGAUUUGCUAUUCCCUUAUUGACAUUUGAAGUUAUGUUGACUUUUGAUAUCUGCUCAGGUGCUCUGUGAUGGAAAGGCUCCAUUAUCUAUAGCCGUGGGCCUUAUACACAUCUGUAUAUGCACUACAAGUGAAACGCUUUACCGGUACAUUAGGACCCUCUGAGGGAUUGUAUUAUGCAACUAAUCAUCGUUUAUUCUGGGCUGUAACAUCAAGGUCGGUACAUCAAACACAUACUACUGACGGUUUUCAUUCAGUCUGUUAUGUUUCAGUUUUAACUGUGAAGCUGCAGUAUACAUCUUUGUUUCUCAAGACCUCCAGAACAUUUCAUGCCUGUUUAUUUGUGACUAACUUUAAUGUAACAUAUCUCAAUAUGUAAUAUUUAUUAAUUAUGCAAAUCACAGUUAAACAAUAAUUUAGCAGGUUUUACAAAUGCACUACAGAUUUUUUCAACAAAGUCUAAAUAAUUGAUUUUAUAGAACAAGUCUGUGCAGUUUUCCCUUUUUUGUGUGCGGCGUCUUCGUUCAUAUUACACAUUUUAUGCAAGUGUUACGCAAGUGUAUGUUUGUUGUCCUCAAUUGUGUUAAACCUUCCUUUAAUCUUAAAAACUCACUUUUAGCGUCUGCACAUGCACAGUAAAGUUAUGUCUUGAUGCACCUGUGUUGUCAACAUAUUGAGCCUGACUGUUUUCUUUCAGGUAUUUUGUCGUCGUGUAAUUUUGCACCAGAUUGUUGAUGAGACUUGGAUUAACAAAGGGCAGCUCACCACACUGUUUUUGUCCAUACAAACAUAAAAUCUGUACAAUUAAAAAAUAUAUAUAUAU